AUGGAGGCCACCUUACCCCUUAUCCAAGCUGUCCUCCCGGAGAAGCGGCUUCAGUUCUGGUAUCAGCUGUAUCAGUCACGGCCUGAAAUCGAGGACCUGGUGGCGUGGCACCUGAACCUAGCGAGGACGGAUGUGCGAGUCGGAGACGUGACGCAAUGGCUUCACGGCGGCUUCAAUGCCUCCAUCCCGGUGUACGUCGAACCGCAAUACCGCUCCGCGAGCCUGCCCCAGCGUGUAAUGCUUCGCCUACCGCUACCUUAUAUGAAUGGCGAAGCACACGGCUUGGCCAGCGCCGAUGAGAAGCUCCGUUGCGAGGCUGCCACGUACCUGUGGCUCCAGCAACACUGUCCCAACAUCCCGAUUCCCAAGCUUCUCGCCUUUGGCCUACCCUGUCUACAAUCAUUCACCGGUCUGGAAAAUGUGUCAUUUUGGAACCGACUUAUCUGGCAGUUUCGCCGCGCUCUCGCUUGGGUUCGAGGGCGAACGCUCCCGCGCUACCUUUCACAUCGGCGGCGGCACCUUUCCGGGCUUGGAUACCUUUUGUUGGAGUAUGUUGAGGAUGGCGAAAUGCUCAGCGCUUCCUGGCAGCAGCACUGCGAUGAUCCGAAGCGACGAACGAAUAUGUUCCGCGGUCUCGCGGGCGUCAUGACGCGACUCGCGAAACUGCCGCUUCCACGGAUUGGCUCGUGGACAAUCGACAACGAAGGAGUCCUCAGUUUAACAAACCGGCCUCUCUCUAUACACAUUCACAUGAUAGAGAACACGGGCAUUCGCAGUGGGAUACCCAGAGACCGCACGUACACCUCGACAGAGCAAUACAUGCUCGACCUGCUAGCAUGUCAGGACAACCGCAUCAGACACCAGCCAAACUCGAUACACAAUACCGAAGACGGCUACGACCAGCUCGCCGCGCUGACAGCCAUGCGCGCCUGCCUCCCCACCUUCACGAAAAACUCCCGCGACGGGCCCUUCGCCCUCUCCCUCACCGACCUCAGCCGCGACAACAUCUUCGUCGACAAAGACUGGAACAUCGCCAAGAUCAUCGACCUGGAGUGGGCGUGCGUCCGGCCUAUCGAGAUGAUCACGCCGCCGUCCUGGCUGUCGGGCCAGCACCUCGACGAUGUAGCCCUCGACCCCGACGAAUACACGCAGGUGGUCCAGGAGUUUUUCGAGGCUUCCGCGGCGGAGGAGCAAGCCCGCUACGAGACGUAUUCCUUCACGCACACCAUGCGGGACGCCUGGGAGACGGGAAGCUUUUGGUACACACAUGCCGUCAGCUCUCCGAGCCUCCUGGCAGCCGUCUUUCCGUAUCGUAUUCAGCCAUUGUUUUCGCAGCCUCCAGGCUCAGACGGGGCGGCGUUCGAGAGCGCCGUUGCGCCGUUCUGGGAUCGCGACGUGCCGCAGUUUAUUGCAAACAAUCUCGCAGAGAAGGAACUUUAUGCUGAGCGACUUCGUAGGCUGUUCGCUGAGGCUGUACCCCCAGACGAGGGCGAGUCUGCCCAUGGGACCGGGCCAGGAAACUCAACGUGA